GGUUGUCAGUCUCAGGGCGCUUUCGGUUUCAGAAUCCUGUAAAGAGCAUGAGGUACGCGACUCCAGCCCCAUCCCUGGCAUACGGUUUCCUGUUCCAGGGGAUACCGAGCUGAAGCCCCAGACUGAACCCAAGAGACGCACACCUGCAGGCGCCUGGUCCUGUCUUUGGAAGUCUGUGCCAGGCUAGCAGCACUGAGACCUGAGGCAGCGGCGGUGCGGAGGUUGGCAGACCCUGCAUCAUGGAUUCUCUUUCUGAAGCAAAUGGCACCUUCGCCUGCCAGGUUUUGAAGAUGCUAUGUCAAGACAAACCUUCACAAAAUGUGUUUUUUUCUCCCCUGAGCAUCUCCUCUGCCCUGGCCAUGGUCCUCCUGGGGGCAAAGGGGAAUACCAAGGUCCAGAUGGCUCAGGCCAUGUCUUUAAACACAGAGGAGGACAUCCAUAAGGGCUUCCAGAUGCUUCUCACCCAAGUGAACAAGCCUAGCUCACGGUACUUGCUUAGAACAGCCAACAGGCUCUUUGGAGAGAAGACCUGUGAUUUCCUGUCAACAUUUAAGGAGUCCUGUCUUCAGUUCUACCAUGCGGAGCUGGAGCUACUGUCCUUUUCCAAAGCUGCAGAGGAGUCCAGGAAGCAUAUAAACACUUGGGUCUCAAAAGAGACAAAAGGUAAAAUUCAAGAGUUGCUACCAACUAACUCGGUUGAUGAGCAGGCCAGGUUGGUUCUUGUCAAUGCCAUCUACUUUAAAGGAAUGUGGGAAGAGCCAUUUGACAAAAUAUGCACGUGUGAAAUGUCUUUUAAUAUAAACCAGAAGGAGGAAAGGUCAGUGCAGAUGAUGUGUCAGGAAGCCAAGUUUAACUUCGCCUACAUCAGCGAGACCCAGACACAGGUGUUGGAGCUGCCCUAUGCUGGUAAGGAGCUGAGCAUGAUCAUUCUGCUCCCAGAUGAGGAAGUGGACCUCAGCUUGGUGGAAAAUAACCUUACUUUUGAGAAAUUCAUGGCCUGGACCAAGCCAACCUUCAUGCAGACUAUUGAAGUUGAAGUUUUCCUUCCAAGGUUUAAACUGCAGGAGAAUUAUGACAUGGAGUCUGUGCUUCAGCGUUUGGGAAUAGUUGAUGCCUUUCGACAGGGCCAGGCUGACCUGUCUGCAAUGUCAACUGAGACAGACCUGUGUGUGUCCAAGGUUGUGCACAAGAGCGUCUUGGAGGUGAAUGAAGAAGGCACUGAGGCUGUGGCGGCCUCAGCCGUAGCAAUUGUGGACUAUUGCUCAGAAUCUUCACCAAGGUUCUGUGCUGACCACCCCUUCCUUUUCUUCAUCAGGCAUAACAAAACCAACACAAUUCUGUUCUGUGGCAGGUUCUCAUCUCCCUAAAGGUGUACUUCCUGUACAUGGAGAGUUUCCCUCUUUCAGUGUCCCCAGAUUUCCUCUGUAUUUCCAUGAGCAUGGGCCUAUAGGUGAACACCAAGUGCAAAGAUGAGGGUAGGGUCCUAAACCUUCUGAACAACUGCUACUGAGCCAGGAUCAUGGAAAAUAGGCUGUCCUGAUUCCCUUUUGUAUUUAGGAUGCAGGCAGUACAGAUGCCACAGGAUAGCUUGCAAAGUUUCCCAAGAUGGCUCCCAACAUAUUUCCCACUCAUUCCACAUGCAAUUCAUGCUACUUACACUGUGCUUCCCUGGUACCUCAAAUUUUGUCACACAUGUGCCUUAAACUGAUGCCUCAACAAUAAUAAAAGCCGCUAUAUACUGUUACUUUUAUUCUAGUUAAAAAAAACUUUAACACACAUUUUAGUUUUAUCCUUCUUUGGUAUUUAGCACUCACCAGGUAUAUGCUAAGCACUGCACUGAGACUCGGGACACAAUGUUCCUUGGACACCUGCUCUUUUAUGUGUGUUCCCAAUUUACAUAGUAUUUAUGUCAACCUGACUGGAUGGUUGAAUAGCUUUGAACUGACCAUGUGAUUCACUCUCAGCAUGAUGCCUUGUGUAGCAUCACCUCCAACCCCAACAGUUAAAUACCCUUCAGCCCUUAAAGUUCAGUUCAGAUGUCAUUUUCUUCAAGACAUUUUCUUAGUCUUCAUAAAUAUCAUAUAUCUUUGAGCUUUCACAGUAACCACCCAUGGGAGUUGCAGUGUUUAUUUAUGAAAUGCCUGUAUUCUUAGUCCUCUGACUAAAGUCUCCAGGGGUUGUGAUUAUAUCCUGCAUGUGUUCAUGCUACUUAUAGUGCAAUAAUAAAUAAUUUGAUCAUAUAAGACCUCUGUAGCACUUUUUAGAGGCUGAAUAUCACUAACUUUAUUGUUCCUUUUAGAUGUUUUUAUCCCAAAGACAUUCACAUUUACAGAGGCCAGUGCCAUCUAAUACAUUGUGCAAAGAUGUUGUGCAAUCACGAGUUUUACUGUGUCCCCCAAAGUUUUCCCUGCCUCAAAGAAAAUCCCAUAUCCACUAAUCAGUGAAUACUCAUUCCUCCCUCCAUCCAGCCACUGGAAACCAUGAAUCUGCUUUGUGUCCAUAGAUUCACCUGUUCUGCAUAUUUCUUAUAAAUUGAAUCAUAUAUAUUUUUUUGUGUUGUCUUCUUCACUUAGUGUGAUGUGUUCUAGGUUGAUUCAUAGCAUGUAUCUAUAUUUUAUUCCUUUUAAUGACUGAAUAUUAUUCAAUUACCUGAAUGUGACACUAUUGUUUUAUUCACUCAUCAA